GUCGAUCUAUCAAGGAUGGACCAACAAGAACUUAGUGAGCUGUAGGGCUACAGUUUUCAGAUUCCAGUCCACAUGUUUCAUACUACAGUACGGCUUCGUCUGCUUCUUAUUUGUACCACCGAUCGCUCUACCAAGCACGGAAUCAGCAAUCGUCCGACGUUUGAAACUGUUUUUCGUGACAACUCUGUCAUUCUAACCCAUGGAGAUUGUCGUGACGCCUGCCGAGGACACGCCCACGAAAGAGGGACAGGAGCUAAAGGACGAGACGCGACACUCCUCGGACUCCAGCCGCGCUUCGCCGCCGCCGUCGCCACCGCCACCGGCUGUGUGCAGCAACACGGACUACGCGCGCACGCGUACGAGCGUCUUCCUGGACCUGCACGCUCCCAUGGAGGUGUCCACGUCGGUGGUGCUCAGGUUCUGCGAGGAAAACGUGCUCCGCCACUACUUCCGGCUUCUCGCCAUUGUCGGCUGGCUGCCCCUUGUGGACACCAGCGAGCACGUGCGCUGCCAGCCCGCGCUGCAGACGCUCAACGUCAUGCACAACGUCGUCGUCUUCGUCAUCCUCGUACUCGGGCACGUGCUUCAAUACACGUCCUGUUUCCGAAGGGACGGCAUCGUAAGCUACGGGUCGCAAGCAAUCCACUCGCCCGCAGCCGUCAAGCACAACGGAUUGGUCCACGGAAAAAACAUGAAGUGUGGCAGCAGCUGGUUUGCCGUUUACCUCCUGCCUGCUGUGAUGCAGGUCAUGGCGUACGUCAUCGCCUUGAUUCACAUGCGUUCGCACGAGAACGAGCAGUUUCAGUCGCUCGUCGAGAAGGUCUUCCUGCAGCUGACCCCUACCGACGUCUGGAACGUCGCCAAGAAGCGCAUCACGGGCCGGUUGCACGCCGUCUACGCCGCCGGCAUCUUCUGGAUCGCCGCCUCCUUGGCAUCGCAAUUGGUCAACGUAUACGCCGGCGGCACGCUCAGACUUGAGUGGAUGUACGUCGCGGAGGACGCCGAGGAAGUGCACUACUUCCUGCUCUCAGCACUCGUCUCGAUGCAGCUCUUGCACGACGUCGUGAGCAUGACCAUUAGACGGCUGGUGCGCAAGCACGUGCUUGCGCGCCAGUUUCCACUCGGCCACACAGACAGGAAUGAAAGCGAAUAG